GUAAAAAGUCGCCUCCCCCCAACUACCGCGAGCCGCACUCCCAGCACCCGCCAGCCCAGGACCCGUCCAGCACCUACCACUUCAGCUCCUACAACAUCAUCACGAGAGACUAUUCUUCGGUGAAAAUGGGCAACCUGUUUCGCUCUGAGGAAAUGUCCCUCGUCCAACUCUACAUUCCGUUGGAAAUCGCACAGCCAACGGUCGCCGAGUUGGGCGAGCUCGGACUCAUCCAGUUCCGCGAUCUGAACCCCCAAGUCAACGCUUUCCAGCGAGCCUUUGUCAACGAAAUUCGUCGUCUGGAUGAGAUGGAGCGAAAGAUCCGAUUCUUGGAGAGUCAGACCAAGAAGGCGCACAUCCCUAUUCGAGCGGCCAGCGAUUCGUCCUAUAAUGCGCGCACUCGCACGCAGCAAGAGAUCGAUGAGCUCGAGCAGCGACUCGCCGAGCAUGAGUCCCGUGUCCAGCAGAUGAACUCGUCGCAGGAAACCCUGAACAGACAGUACCUCGAGUUGACCGAGCUCCGCCACGUCUUGCGCGAAACGGCCGUCUUCUUUGAGACGGCAUCGACUCGCCGCUCCGAAGAUGGCGCCGUGCAGCGCGAGGACACGCAUCUGCUCGCAGGGUCGCCUGGUGGUGAAGAGGACCACGAAGCAUUCGAGCGCGCUGAGGGCGGCGGUGUCAAGGCCAUCACCCUGGGCUUUGUCGCCGGUGUGAUCCCGCGCCAGCGCAUGGGCAUCUUUGAGCGCAUCCUGUUCCGAGCGCUCCGCGGCAACCUUUUCCUGAACUCGGCCGAGAUCGACGAGGACAUCAUCGAUCCCGCCAGCGACGAGGUCGUUAAGAAGAACGUCUUUAUCAUCUUUGCGCACGGCAAGGAGAUCCUGGCCAAGAUCAAGAAGAUCUGCGAGAGUCUGGGAGCCACGAUCUAUCCGGUCGAUGAUCAGGCUGACAAGCGCCGCGAAACCGCCUUGGAUGUGGGCCACCGCCUGGAUGACCUCAAGACCGUUCUCGAUGGCACCAAGGCCGCCCGGCGCGGCGAGCUGAGCCGUGUUGCAGAUAUCAUCGAUAUCUGGGCCACGAUGAUCAAGAAGGAGAAGGCCAUCUACCACGUCAUGAACCAGUUCAACUACGAUAUCAACCGCCGCGCACUUAUCGCUGAGGGAUGGAUCCCCACUCUCUCCAUCGGCAGUGCUCAGCAUGCCCUCCGCACGGUGACGGAACGAACGGGCUCGACCAUUCCCCCGAUCUUGAACGAGCUACGCACCACCAAAGAGCCGCCGACGUACCAACGUACCAACAAGGUCACGAUUGGGUUCCAGGAGAUUGUCGAUGCCUACGGCGUUGCCAACUAUCGCGAAGUCAACCCGGGACUCUUCACCGUGAUCACGUUCCCGUUCCUGUUUGCGGUCAUGUUUGGCGACUUUGGCCACGGCAUCCUCAUGCUGCUUUCUUCCAUCUGGCUGAUUGUAAACGAGAAGUGGCUCGGCAAGAUCAAGCUCGACGAGAUCAGCAGCCAGUUCUACAGCGGACGCUACAUGAUCCUGCUGAUGUCCAUCUUCUCGAUCUACGCUGGGUUUAUUUACAACGAUAUGUUCUCGAAGAGCGUCGACUUUUUCGGCUCGGGCUAUGAGUUUGUGGCACAGGGUCACAACAAAACCAUUGGAGUGCAGAGCCACACUUACGCUUUCGGUGUGGAUCCUGCUUGGCACUCGGCCGACAACUCUCUUGUGUUCAGCAACUCAUACAAGAUGAAGAUGGCGAUUGUGCUCGGCGUCAUGCACAUGCUCUUUGGAAUCACUCUCAACGUCUUCAACCACAUCCAUUUCAAGAAAUACAUCAACAUCUACUGCGAGUUCAUCCCCCAGGUCAUCUUCAUGAGCAGCAUCUUUGGCUACCUUGCCAUUCUUAUCAUCUUCAAGUGGUCGAAUGUGUGGGUUCCAAGCCAAGCCCCUGUGCUCCUGAACACCCUCAUCUACAUGUUCUUGAACCCCGGUGUCGUUUCCCCUGCCGAUCAGCUUUUCCCAGGCCAGGCAAACUUGCAGAUGCUGCUGCUCCUGAUUGCGUUUGCGUGCGUCCCUUGGAUGCUGUUUUCCAAGCCGUAUCUGCUGUGGAAGGAACACCAGAAGCAUGUUGCCGCCGGCUAUGGAAAUCUCAGCCAAGUGGAUGUCAACAACCCUUCGCCGCGCACGAGCGAGGAUUCCAACUUUGGAGGACAUGUCGAGAUGCACCAGGAGGAGCAUUUUGAAUUUUCGGAAAUCAUGAUCCACCAAUCCAUCCACACGGUUGAAUUCUGCCUGAACUGCAUCUCCAACACGGCCUCGUAUCUGCGCUUGUGGGCUUUGUCCCUGGCCCACGCCCAACUGUCUGAGGUGUUGUGGGAGAUGAUCCUGGGCAGCUGCCUCGAACUCAGCCCAUCGAUCCUGCCGUUUGCGCUGGUUGUGGGUGUGGGAUUCUGGUUUACUCUGACCUUCUUCAUCCUGAUUGUGAUGGAGGGUCUGUCGGCCUUUCUGCACGCUCUUCGUCUGCACUGGGUUGAGUUCCAGGGCAAGUUUUACGGCGGAAACGGCCACAAGUUUGCUCCCUUCUCCUUUGCCGCCAUUCUGGAGGAAUCUGAGGAGGUCGAGUAGGCUUUGCCCUGCG